UUUAGCUAAAACCCCUAAAACCUCUGCAGCGAACUUGGACGUCGUCGACGAACUCACAGAGGCCCGUCCACGACAUCCACCUCCGACAGGGUUCUCUGCAACGAACUAUCUGUGCGACGGCGACGCGAUUCUCGACGGUGGGGCGAUAACAAGGGUAUUCUUUAACGAAUCUGAAAUUGCUUUGGUUUAUGUAUAACGCUUCGUUUGACUUCAAAUCUGAACAAUUAUGGUCUAUGAUUGAUUUUGGCUGGAGGUUCAGGCAAUAGUUCUGAAAGAAGUGAAGUUGAGCAUUAUGGUACGAGACAUUGAAAGAUGUUAAAAACUUGUUAGUUUAUCUCAAGAAUCGUUUGUAAGAAAUUUCUUCUACUGAAUUGUGUAAGUUGUUAUGUUUUCACAUUAUUGUUAUCAUAGUUCUAUUGGAAAAUAUGGGCUGUUACACUUGGGCACCAAGAAGAAGGUGCUUAUGUUUACAAUAUAUUUUCAAACUUCAAACUCUUUCACCAAGUGCUUCGUUCCGUUUCAUCCACAACUUUGUGUAUGAUUCAUCGAAUUUUGUCUCCAAUCAGCGUCUGAGUGAGUUAUCUAAAGAUGGCCGAGUUGAUGAAGCGCGUAAGUUGUUUGAUCACAUGCCUUACCGGGACACGUACACAUGGAAUAUUAUGAUUUCAGCUUAUGCGAAUUCAAGAAACAUGGUCGAAGCUCGCAAGCUUUUCGACGAAACUCCAACUAAAAAUUCUAUCACUUGGUCAUCCCUGGUAUCUGGAUAUUGCAGAAAUGGGUGUGAAGUUGAAGGCUUGAGGCUGUUCAGCCAAAUGUGGAGUGAGGGACAGAAGCCAAGUCAAUACACAUUGGGCAGUGUUUUACGAGCAUGUUCGACUUUGGGUUUGCUCCAUAGUGGCAAAAUGAUUCAUGGCUAUGUAACAAAAAUACAAUUAGAAGCAAAUAUCUUCGUUGCUACCGGUCUUGUCGACAUGUAUUCCAAGUGUAAGUGUCUCCUGGAGGCUGAAUUCCUCUUUGUAUCAUUGUCUGAUAGGAAAAACUAUGUUCUAUCGACCGCUAUGCUCACCGGUUAUGCUCAAAAUGGCGAGAGUUUGAAGGCAAUGCAGUGUUUUAAGGAGAUGAGAAUACAGAAAAUGGAGUCUAACCAUUUCACAUUUCCCAGCAUAUUGACAGCAUGUACAGCAAUUUCAGCUUAUUCUUUUGGUCAGCAGGUACAUGGAUGUAUUAUUUUGAGUGGUUUUGGUGCUAAUGUUUAUGUUCAAAGUGCAUUAGUUGAUAUGUAUGCGAAAUGUGGCGACUUGAAUAGUGCGAGGAUGCUACUAAAUAUCAUGGAAAUCGAUGAUGUUGUAUGCUGGAACUCGAUGAUUGUCGGGUGUGUGGCACACGGACAUAUGGAGGAAGCUCUAGUUUUGUUCCAUAAGAUGCAUAAUCGGGAUACUGUAAUCGACGAUUUCACGUACCCGUCUGUUUUGAAAUCUCUGGGUACUUGCAGGGACCUGAAAAAUGGAGAAUCUGUUCAUUCUCUGAUAAUGAAAACUGGUUUUGAUGCUUGCAAAACAGUGAGCAAUGCGCUUGUUGAUAUGUAUGCUAAACAGGGAAACUUGAAUUGUGCAUUAGAGGUUUUCAAUAAGAUAUCAGAUAAAGAUGUCAUAUCUUGGACCUCCUUGGUCACGGGAUAUGUUCAUAAUGGCUUCCAUGAAAAAGCUCUCAAGUUAUUCUGUGACAUGAGAAUUGCAGGUGUUGAUCUAGACCAAUUCGUAAUUGCCUGUGUCUUUAGUGCUUGUGCUGAACUAACGAUUAUCGAGUUUGGUCGACAGGUUCACGGAAACUUCAUCAAAUCAAGCGUUGGUUCACUGUUAUCUGCAGAGAACUCUCUCAUAACAAUGUAUGCCAAAUGUGGAUGCUUAGAAGAUGCAACUCGAGUCUUUGACUCGAUGGGAACUCGAAAUGUCAUAUCAUGGACUGCUAUAAUAGUUGGUUAUGCACAGAAUGGGAGAGGGAAGGACUCGCUUCGUUUUUACGACCGGAUGAUAAUCGAUGGCGUAAAGCCUGACCCUGUUACUUUCAUUGGUUUGUUGUUUGCUUGCAGCCAUGCAGGUCUUGUAGAAACUGGUCGAUCUUACUUCGAAUCAAUGGAGAAAGUUUAUGGAAUAAAGCCGGGUUCUGAUCAUUAUGCUUGCAUGAUUGAUCUACUGGGACGUGCUGGAAAGCUUAACGAGGCAGAGGAGUUAUUGAAUCGAAUGGACGUUGAGCCCGACGCAACUGUAUGGAAGUCGUUACUUUCGGCCUGUCGGGUUCAUGGGAACUUAGAACUUGGAGAAAGGGCGGGGAAAAACCUCAUUAAGUUGGAGCCUUUGAAUUCUCUGCCUUAUGUUUUAUUGUCCAAUAUGUUCUCUGUUGCUGGUAGAUGGGAAGAUGCAACACAUAUACGUAAUUCAAUGAAAAGAAUGGGUAUUAACAAGGAGCCUGGGUAUAGUUGGAUUGAAAUGAAGAGCCAAGUGCAUUCAUUUAUAUCAGAAGAUAGAAGUCACCCUUUGGCUGCUGAAAUAUAUUCUAAGAUUGAUGAAAUGAUGAUCUUAAUAAAGGAAGCUGGGUAUGUUCCCGUUAUGAACUUCGCGUUACAUGACAUGGACGAAGAGGCUAAGGAACGUAGUUUAACAUAUCAUAGCGAAAAGUUGGCUGUUGCGUUUGGACUCCUUGCAGUCCCGAAUGGAGCGCCGAUUCGAAUUUUCAAAAAUCUUAGGGUAUGUGGGGACUGUCACUCAGCUAUGAAAUAUAUAUCUAGCGUUUUUAAGCGGCAUGUUAUUUUGAGAGACUUGAAUUGUUUCCAUCACUUCAAAGAGGGAAAAUGUUCCUGUGGAGACUUCUGGUAAGGGAGGUGUUUCACCACUUUUUAAGGAGGAUCGGAAACCAGCUAAGGCACCGUAGCAUCCCCUAAAGGCGUAAUUGACAGGUACUAUUCUAUCUGCCCAUUGAGUCAUCUCGUGUCAUUGUUGACCCACCUUGGAGAAUGAAAUUGAAAUAUAUAUCUAGCAUUUUUAAGCGACAUGUUCUUUUGAGAGACUUGAAUUGUUUCCAUCACUUCAAAGAGGGAAAAUGUUCUUGUCGAGACUUCUGGUAAGGGAGUUAAGGAGGAUCGGAAACCAGCUAAGGCACCGUAGCAUCCCCUAAAGGCGUAAUUGACAGGUACUAUUCUAUCUGCCCAUUGAGUCAUCUCGUGUCAUUAUUGACCCACCUGGAGAAUGAAAUUGAAAUAUAUAUCUAGCAUUUUUAAGCGACAUGUUCUUUUGAGAGACUUGAAUUGUUUCCAUCACUUCAAAGAGGGAAAAUGUUCUUGUGGAGACUUCUGGUAAGGGAGGUGCAUCGGAAACCAGCUAAGGGACCGUAGCGUCCCCUAAAAGCGUAACUGACAGGUUCUAUUCUAUCUGCCCAUCCGAGUCAUCCUGUGUCGUUGUUGACCCACCUUGGAGAAUGAAACUUAAAUAUAUAUCUAGUGUUUUUAAGCGGCAUGUUCUUUUGAGAGACUUGAAUUGUUUCCAUCACUUCAAAUAGGGAAAGUGUUCUUGUGGAGACUUCUGGUAAGGGAGGUGUAUCGGAAGCCAGCUAAGACACCGUAGCGUCCCCUGAAGAUGUAACUGUCAGGUUCUGUUCUAUUUGCCCAUCCGAGUGAUCCCGUGUCUUUGUUGACCCACCUUGGAGAAUGAAACUACUAUUUCUUGAUGAAUGAAACUACUAUUUCUUGAUGAUACCUGAGUUUUCCUAUUAGCACAACUCAAGCAAGCUAAGAAUGGUGGUAGUCAUUUCCUGAUCCUGAUAAGAAUUAACUCCUAAAUCCUUCACUUUGAAGCUUAAUCCUACCAUCUCUUUGUCCAACAACUCCGUUCAGGCGAAACCGCGGUGGUCCGUUCAGACAGGAUUCUUCACUAGGCUUGUCAGGAUGCUCAGGGAGAUGUCAAAAAGUGAUGUCUGUGAGUAUCUUCUUAGGCUUCUCGAACGCUCGAGACAACCUUGCUAUUAUCGACAAGCUUCUUCUAUACUCGAACCUUGUGGAAACUGAUAAGAGUUCUCAACGAACUCAAAGAGGCAUUGUUGAUGUGUGAUUUCGGGUUACCGAUCACUAUUACGAUUGUGACGAGCUUCCAUGAUGACAUAUUGGCAGGGAAGCGUAAGUCGGGUCGUGAAAUAAAGGAGAUGUGAGAUCUCCACAUCAGUUAGGAAGGAGAACCAAGGUGUAGAAACCUCCUCUUCCUCGCAACCCCAUUUUAAAAUCGUAAGAUUGACGACAAUACGUAAUUGGCCAA